AGCGUGUUAAAUUUUUUGUUGAUUAGUUACACUACAUAUAUAAUAUCAGUGUGUACUUUUUUCAGUUUAAUUUUUUUAAAAUUCUGACAUGCAAUGUGCUUCAAUUAGUUCAAUUAAAAUAGCUAAUAUGUGUGUUUAUAUUUUGUUGCUCAGUUUUCUCUAUAAAUAUAAUUUCCUGCAAUUUCAGGUUAUCUUGUAGUUCAAGUUUUGCCCUAAUUUUUACAAUUUAAUGGCUUAAAUUCAUGGUUUAUUUCAUUAUUAUUACGAUUUACUUACAAAAAUUAGAUCAUAUGUAUUAAAUUUUUUGUUGAUUAGUUACAUUGCAUGUGUAAUGUCAGUGUGUACCUCAUUUUGUUGAAGUUCAGUGAGAUUUUUUUUUUUCAGUUUUAUUAUUUAAAUUUUUUAUUUCUGUUGGAUCAAACCCGUGGAGUACAUUAGAGUGAUCAAGGACAUGUAUGAGGGAGCCAAAACCAGGGUAAGGACAGUAGGAGGGGACUCAGAGCACUCCCCAGUUGUGAUGGGGUUGCAUCAAGGAUCAGCUCUUAGUUCAUUUUUAUUUGCCUUGGUGAUGGAUGGAUUGACGCGACAAAUUCAAGGUGAGGUGCCAUGGUGUAUGCUUUUCGCGGAUGACAUAGUCCUGAUCGACGAGACUGGUAGUGGAGUUAACGCUAAGCUGGAGGGUUGGAGACAUACCUUGGAGUCUAUAGGGUUUAAGCUGAGUAGGACUAAGACAGAGUACUUGGAGUGCAAGUUCAGUGAAGCGCCUCAGGAGGUUGGCGUGGAAGUUAGGCUUGGUACCCAGGCCAUCCAGAAGAAAAAUAGUUUCAAGUAUCUUGGGUCUAUCAUGCAAGGCAGCGGAGAGAUUGACGAUGAUGUCACACAUCGUAUUAGGGUAGGGUGGAUGAAAUGGAGGCUCGCUUCCGGAGUGCUAUGUGACAAGAAGGUGCCACCACAACUUAAGGGCAAGUUCUACAAAGUGGUGGUUAGACCGACUAUGUUGUAUGGGGCGGAGUGUUGGCCAGUUAAGAUCUCUCACGUUCAAAAAAUGAAAGUUUCCGAGAUAAGAAUGUUGAGAUGAAUGUGUGGGCACACCAGGAGUGACAGGAUUAGGAAUGAAGCUAUUCGGGACAAGGUGGGAGUGGCCUCGGUGGAAGACAAGAUGCGGGAAGCGAGACUGAGAUGGUUUGGGCAUGUGAAGAGGAGAGGUACGGAUGCUCCAGUGCGGAGGUGUGAGAGGUUGGCCAUGGAUGGUUUCAGAAGAGGUAGGGGUAGGUCGAAGAAAUAUUGGGGAGAGGUGAUUAGACAGGACAUGGCGCAGUUACAGCUUAGCUAGGACAUGACCUUAGAUAGAAGGGUUUGGAGGACCCACAUUAGGGUAGAAGGCUAGUAGAUAGUCUCGUUAUCCUUCCUUAUUAGUAGGCGCGUCUGUUAUUUCCUGUACUUUGAUUAUUCUAUCUUAUCUGUGUCGCUUUCGUUAUUUGCAUUUCCAUAUCGCUUUGAAUUUCUUAGCCUAUCUAACCUCUUUUUAUGCUUUUCAUUGAGCCGAGGGUCUUUCGGAAACAGCUGUCCUACCUUGGUAGGAGUAAGGUCUGCGUACACUCUACCCUCCCCAGACCCCACGUUGUGGGAUUUCACUGGGUUGUUGUUGUUGUUGUUGGAUCAAACCUGACAUAUUCACGGGUGCUCAAUUAUUCUUCUUCCUGAACAAAUUAGAGUUCUAUUCAGGCUUACCUUGAGAAAUGGACAAAAAUCUUUCUGAAGAAGACAGUGACAAAAUUGACUGGGAUACUGAAGAUGAAUUAGAAAUACAAGAAAUACAGGAGGCAACAUUUUCUUCAUGCAGGGAUAUAGGAACUACUGGACAGCAUGCUGUUAUUGGUGAUGGGGAGGCAAGCUCAUCAUCAGGAUCUUCCCUGUCCAAGUUCAUUCAGCAGUUUGUAGUGAUGGGAUUUCCUGAAGAGUCUAUUGCAAAAGCAAUAGAGCAAAAUGGAGAAAAUUCAGACUUGGUGCUGGAUGCUCUUUUGACAUUCAAGGUCAUUGAAGACUCUCCUGAAGAACAGCCCACGGCUAGCCCUCAGCUGGAGCCCAGCAUUAGUUCUGAUGAUAGCUAUUCUGAAUACACCGAGAACAUUUUGGAUGAUGUUUAUGAGGAAGAUUGUUGGUCCUCCGACUCAGACAACUGUAUAAAUCCUGCUAAGCAGUGCUACUUGAAAGACGAGAGCAGUUCUUUGUCUGAAAAAGAGCAGACUUUAUUAUCUCUGGCAAAUAUGGGAUACCCAGUGGAAGAGGUUUCCAUAGCAAUGGAGAGAUGUGGUAAAGAAGCAUCGCUUGCUGAAUUGACCGAUUUCAUCUGUGCUGCUCAAAUGGCAAGAGCAGAAGAUCCCUAUCUGCCAGAAGAUGUUAAGCCAAAACUGAAUCAUAUAUCAAAUGGUAAUGGUGGAUACAACAAGAGGAAGAUGUUCAAUCAGUUGUGCAAAAGCAAAAAGCAAAGGACUAUCUUUGAUGAAGAGCCCAUUAGUUUGCCCAACCCUAUGAUUGGAUUCGGGGUUCCUACAGUAUCAGUUCCAGGAACUGUCCGAAGAACUCUUCCAGAGCAAGCUAUCGGCCCCCCUUUUUUCUAUUAUGAAAACGUGGCUCUAGCUCCAAAGGGUGUGUGGGAUAGAAUUUCCAGAUUCUUGUAUGAUAUUGAGCCGGAGUUUGUCGACUCAAAAUAUUUCUGCGCUGCUGCAAGAAAAAGGGGAUACAUUCAUAAUCUACCUGUUGAAAACAGAUUUCCUUUGCUUCCGCUUCCCCCACGUACAGUUAAUGAGGCACUUCCCCUAUCAAAAAAAUGGUGGCCAUCUUGGGAUACACGAACUCACUUAAACUGUUUGCAAACAGCCAUCGGGAGUGCAAGAUUGACUGAUAGGAUCAGAAAAGCUGUGGAGGACUUUGAUGGUGAGCCACCUAUGAGGGUGCAAAAAUAUGUUCUUGAACAAUGUCGGAAGUGGAAUUUGGUGUGGGUUGGAAGAAACAAAGUUGCUCCUUUGGAGCCGGAUGAAGUUGAAAUGCUAUUGGGGUUCCCGAAGAAUCAUACCAGAGGAGGUGGUAUAAGUAGGACUGAUAGAUACAAAUCGCUUGGUAACUCAUUCCAGGUUGACACGGUGGCAUACCAUUUAUCGGUGUUGAAGGACUUGUAUCCAGAGGGUAUCAACGUCUUAUCACUCUUCUCAGGCAUUGGCGGUGCUGAAGUUGCUCUUUACCGUCUCGGGAUUCCAUUAAAAAAUGUGGUUUCUGUGGAAAAAUCUGAAGUCAACAGGAAUAUUGUGAGAAGCUGGUGGGAGAAUACUAGUCAGAGAGGCAAUCUUAUAGAUUUCGAUGAUGUGCAACAGUUGAAUGGAGACCGUUUGGAGCAACUUAUUGAUUCGAUUGGAGGAUUUGACUUAGUGAUUGGUGGAAGCCCGUGCAACAACCUUGCAGGCAGUAACAGAGUGAGCAGGGAUGGGCUUGAAGGCAAAGAGUCGUCUCUAUUUUUUGAGUAUCCUCGAAUACUGGACUUAGUCAAGACCAUAAUGUCUAGACAUAGAUAGUAUGACACAAAUUUGUUCUUGGUUCAGAUUUAGAUAUCCCAUUCCUUUUUCUUGACAUUGCUUAUGCUAAUAAAUUCAUUCUUUGUAAAACUGAAACUACAUACUAAUUGCAAGUCUGCAUGGUGCCGGGCUAUCUUACUAUUCAGUUGAUAGAAUUUUCCUGGCCAAUAAAGUAAACGUGAUUGUUUUUGGUUUA